CUUUUAAACGUAAUUAAAUGUGCCUGCACCAAAAAAAUACAAAUAAAGAAAUGUACCAAAUUUCAUGAUAUUGUUACUAUAAAUAAUUGCCCAAACCAAUGCUAUCUUUUUAAAAUCAGUUACAUCUUACAUGGUAUGUAACUCUGAUUUUGCAUUAAACUGCUAGAGAGAGAAAUUUAGAGAGAGAAAAAGAAAAUGGGUGUACAAGAGAAGAGUAAAAAGAUUUCAGCAGCUUCAGCUAGAGCUCACACUCGCAAAUCUACAUCCAACUCUUCCCUACCAUUCCCAUUCUCUUUAGGUUUGUCUAGCAAAAUUUUUGUGGUUGUGAUUGUGGUUUGCCUAACAUGGGCUGAUAGGGCUUUCCGGCCACCGCCACCCAAAGUUUGCGGUAUGCCUGGCGGCCCUCCGGUAACAGCACCAAGGAUCAAGCUAAGGGAUGGAAGAUAUUUGGCCUACAAAGAGUAUGGUGUGCCAAAAGAUGAAGCAAAACACCAUUUUGUCUUUAUUCAUGGCUUUGACUCCUGCAGGCUGCAUGCUUUCAUUGCCACCGAAGUUUCUCCAGAUACUAUUGAAAGCUUGGGGUUACAUAUUGUGGGAUUUGAUAAACCCGGGUACGGAGAAAGUACCCCGGACCCAAAUCGAACACCGAAAAGUCUUGCAUUAGACGUAGAAGAGCUUGCUGAUCAGCUUGGUUUUGGUCCCAAAUUUUAUGUGGUAGGCUACUCUAUGGGUGGAGAGGCUGUUUGGGGUCUGUUCAAGUACAUUCCUCACAGGUUAGCGGGAGCAUCACUAGUUACACCGGUGGUGAACUAUUGGUGGUCAAGUUUACCGGCGAAUUUGACAAAAGAAGCAUAUUACUUGCAACUUCCACAAGAUCAAUGGUCAUUAAGAGUGUCACACUAUUUACCGUGGCUAACUUACUGGUGGCAGACUCAAAAGUGGUUCGCACCAUCAAGUGUUAUUGCACAUAGUAGUGAGGUUUUGUCUCGUCAAGAUAGAGAAGUAAUGUUCAAAUUCGUCAAACCCGAAAAUAUGAUUCCAGUAAGGCAGCAAGGGGUGCACGAAUCGAUCCAUCGAGACAUGAUUGUUGGAUUUGGAAAAUGGGAAUUCGAUCCCCUUCAGUUAGAGAAUCCAUUCCCUAACAACGAGGGAAUGGUUCACCUUUGGCAAGGCGACGAGGAUAUGCUUGUGCCCGUGAUCAUGCAACGAUACAUAGCUCAAAAAUUGCCUUGGAUUCACUACCAUGAGGUAUCAGGGUCUGGGCAUAUGUUCCCUUAUGUUGAGGGAAUGAGUGAUGCUAUUGUCAAAGCACAAUUAUCUGUUGAGAACUAGCUUAGCAAACAUCAUACAUUGAUAUACAAACUUUAUUUAUGACUAAAUUAGACCAACAUUUAAAUUAUACUUUGUGAUGAAUUAAUGUCUCCUAUGAUUGGUUUUGUAGUGUCUCUUUGUAUUAAAGUUUGAAGAGUACUAUUUAUAAAGAUCUAAUGUAAGACAAUGUUGUGCACCUAUGAUCUAUCUAAGCCUUUUAUUAUAACUUGGAAUA